AUGACCCCUCUCCCGCAUUCUAGGAACAAGUUCACUUGGCACCACGGCCACAUUCUUGAGCGCCUUGACUGGUGCACGAUUUCCUCUAAUUGGAAAAGCCUUUUUCCUCAUGCCUCUCUCACUCAUUUGGGGUUUUAUGGCUCUGACCACAGAGCCCUGAAACUCCAAUUAGAGGACACUUUUUCCAAGCACCAAAAAACGCAGGCUGAACUUGAUCACUUGUUGAAUUAUGAUAAGCUUGCUCCUCAUUCUGCUCAACAAAUUUCCCACCUCCAAUCUGAGCUUAACAGACUUCUCCUAAAAGAAGAAAUCUUUUGGAAACAACGAUCCAGGGUUGAUUGGCUUCGUUCUGGGGAUAAAAAUACUAGGUUUUUCCAUCAAAAAGCCUAUAAUCGUAAACGCAAUAAUUACAUUCGUGGUUUAACCCUCCCUAAUGGUUCUAUCACCCAUGACACUGAGACCAUUUUCACUCAAUUCCAUUCCUACUAUACUGACCUUCUUUGCUCUCAAGGAGUUUCUCCAUCUGCUAUUUCCUCCAUUCUCCAGGGUGUUACCACUACCCUCUCUUCUUCCCAAUCUGCUUUCCUUGCUGAGGAGUUUACUGCAGAUGAGAUAAAAACAGCCAUGUUCAGUCUCUCUGGUGACAAAUCUCCUGGUCCCGAUGUCCUGGCUAAUCGGCUCAAAUCGGUUCUUCACUCUGUCAUUAGCCCCAACCAAAGUGCUUUUCUCACUGGCCAUCAAAUUACUGAUAAUAUUGUUAUUGCCAAUGAAAUCAUUCAUGCCAUUCAUUCUAGAAAAUCUGGCAAACUAGGUUGGGCUGCCAUCAAACUGGAUAUGGAAAAAGCUUUUGAUCGGGUGGAAUGGUCUUUCAUUUCUCACUUUCUUCAUCAUAUUGAGGCUCCUCCGAGUUUUACCUCCCUUAUUUCUAAAUGUCUUUCCACAGUUACCUACCAAUUAUCUCUAAAUGGUAAUUUAUCAAAUGUGUUUUCUUCCUCCCGAGGCAUUCGCCAAGGCGAUCCCCUAUCACCAUAUCUUUUCCUCAUUGUAGCUGAAGGUUUGUCUGCAGCCAUCCGUCUCCAUGAGGAUGCUGCCCUGUUCUCUGGCAUUAAAAUUUGUCGAGGGGCUCCCUCAUUUUCCCAUCUCCUUUUCGCUGAUGACAGUAUGUUAUUUGUGCCUGUUUCCCCUCAAUCUUCAGAGGCUAUAAAUAGUAUUUUGCUUCUGUACUUCCAAGCUUCAGGCCAAUCUGUCAAUAGGGACAAAUCUUCCAUUCUCUUCUCCCCAAAUACUCCCCCUGAUUCCCAAUCCAAAUUUCGGACCUCUUUGCUCCUUAAUGGUGAAGGUUUCAUUAGUAAAUAUCUUGGAGUUCCUCAUUGUGUUGGUAGGGUUAAAAAUUCUAUCUUCCAUUACCUCAUUCAGAAAGUUUCAUCUAAACUUAAUGUUUGGAAUGAUAAACUCUUCUCUCGGGCUGGCAAAGAAACUCUCAUCAAAUCUGUCAUUCAGGCAAUUCCUUCCUUUGCAAUGUCUUGUUUUAGACUUCCUAAAUCCACCUGUGUUUCUAUUCAAAGUUUGACUGCCGAAUUCUGGUGGGGCUCUACUUCUGAUAAGAGGAAAAUUCACUGGAGGAAUUGGUCUGCCCUUUCUGCCUCUAAAUUCUUUGGAGGUUUGGGUUUUCGUUCUCUUACUUCUCAUAACCAAGCCCUUCUGGCUAAGCAGGCUUGGCGGAUCUGGUCUACUCCUGAUUCCCUGCUCCAUUCUCUUCUUAAAGCUCGUUACUUUAAGCAUACUGAUUUUCUCCAUGCCCCAAAUGGCCACAAUCCUUCCUUUACCUGGAGAAGCCUUCUUUGGGGUUCCCAACUCCUCAAAAAAGGUCUCAUCUGGAAAAUCUGUUUAGGCAGUGAUAUCCCUAUCUCUGCUCCUAAUUGGAUCCCCCAAAUCUCCCAUCCAACCAUUCUUCAACCCAUUGAACCUUCUCUCGCCACUGUUUCUUUUUUUGUUAACCCUGACAGGACCUGGAAUACUGAAAAACUGCACCAGUUUCUUCCUACCUAUCAAGCCAAUGUUGUUCUCAAUAUUCCUUUGGAUCUUGGACCCACUGAUUCCCUCAUUUGGGGCUUUCAUCACUCCGACAUUCUCACAGUCAAUUCUGCUUACCACCUUGCCCAGUCCACUGCCUUCACCAUUUCUCCCUCCUCUUAUGAUCCUAACCCUUUUAAGGAUUGGAAUGCCCGUCUCUUUCAAAAACCCAGUGUAAUUGAUAAUGUUCAAGAUUUUGUCUCAAGUUUUCUUCAGGAUUACCAGGAUGCUCAAAUUCAAUCCUCUAUUUCCAACAUGGCUCAUAACCAUUCCUCAGCUGACUUGGAUCACCUUUUGCUUCCAUCGACCCCUGCUCUAUUUGUUGAUGCUGCCUUGAGUACUAAUGCACCAGCCACAGGUAUUGGGAUGGUUUUCAUGCAGGGCCUGUCUCAUAUUCAAAAAUCUGCAAGGAUUUUCAAACCAGGGGCCUCUUCUCCAAUUUUUGCUGAAACUCAAGCUCUUCAUGAAGGGCUCCAAUUGUGUAUAACUUCCAAUUUGACCCCAAGAUUUAUUUUUUCUGAUUGUCUUAACCUUGUCUCUAAGGUGAAUGGUAAUUGGCACGACUACUCUUCAAUGUCUACUCUUAUCCAACAGAUCAGAACCUUCCUCUCCAGAUUCCCUGAAGCUCCUUUGCUGCAUGUUUCCCGUCAGCGCAACGGCAAUGCCCACUCCCUUGCGAAGUUAGCUCUCAGGUUGCGAGAUGAAGACUAG